CAGCAACGAAACCGUUAUGUCAAUAUCCGCAUUUGCGUCAAAACACGAUUUUAAACAGUCACAUUUUCAGAAUUAUUAUUUCUUAAGAAUAUACACAAUUAAAAAAAACUACCAAAAAUGUCCAUAAUAUUAAUGACCCACCACGAUGAAAACAUCUACGAUAUCUUCAAAAGUCAAACCGAAGCCAAAAAGCAAAUUAAACUGAGAUACAAAACUGAAAAGGACCAAGUCAAAGUUCACAGACCCGAAGUGAUCGUGCCAAAAAAGAAAUAUGCGAUAAUGGGAGUCGCUAACUUGGAACUACCGGAUCCACAUAACUUCCUCAAAAAAGGCUCAGGGGAACCUUGUUACGUAAAAGUUACUGGACCCAAAGAACGAUCGAAAUGCUGUUUAGCUCACAAACGUGACGAAGUACCCAAAACGAAAGAAGUGGUUAAGCUGUACAAUCCUCCGAAAGAGGACAAAGACUUCGUCGUCCACAAUAUCAAUAAAAUCAAGGACCAACCAGCGAAAGAACCCGAACCUUAUCUGGUUCUGGAUAAAUUCGGCAACAAGGAACCGAUUAGCGUUCUGGAACCGUUGUACGUGAAAAUGAAACCUUACGGGAAAACGCCAGCGUACUUGAAAAAGUUUAUGAGACAGAAAGAGAAGGAAUAUCAGUUAAAGAAAGACACUAUCGGAGCUUCGCAGCCCAUUUGUAGAUACGUUACUAGGCAUAGAAGAAAGGAACUGCUCAAUGGACUGAAACAAAAUUGGGAAGAGUUGCAACUACAGUACCAAGCUCAGUCGAUUUAUACGGAUACUCUUCCGAAAAUAUUGAGAAAAUCCAAAAUCGAAAAUCAACUGAAGCAGCUGGAACGAGACAUCGUCCUUUUGGAAAGACAUCCUUACAUUUACGUCUACGAGGAUAACGAAAUACCGUAAAAUCGGAACACUCAAGUUACUCUUUGGAGGGAAGGUCAAAAUUUAUUUUAAGAUCAAAGUUAGGAGCGUAAUUUUACUUUAGAAACGGAAUAUGGUUUAAAAUUUUAUAGGAGAUUCUAUAAUAUUCAAAAUAUGUAAUAGGUAAUUGUUUAUCAUCCAAUCUACAAACAAAAGAGCUGAUUUUUUAAAUUCAUUUUAUGAUUAUACAUUUAAGAAUGAGAACAUUCUUAUGGCUAAAUUUAGACAUCUAACUAUGUAGAAAAACGGUAUCCAAAAAAUAUUUCAAUAAAAAAAAUAUAUUGGAGGGGAUAAUAUGAUAUUGUCAAAUUAAACUACAAAAAUAAAGUUCUAUAUCCACUGCUC